UGUGCUUUAACCUCCUGCAACGCCCUCAUAGCCACAGGAGGUCGGGUUCAAUUGCAUUCCAGUUUCCUAUUGCUAGACUACAUUUGUGGACAAGCACCUCUAUUCAGGCGGAUACUCAUACCGCUACUAACUCCAAAACUUUUCUUUGUCUACUUUCAUCGCUUUUCCCUAUUGCUUUUCGGAGGUAAGGAAGCUUUACCGUGGCCUGCACAGACGCGCGGAUUGGAUUUGGAUGGGUAGCGAGGACGUGAGACGGAUAUAUACUUGCAUAGAAAAGGGGGAGAUAGGGGAACGAGCGAAUUUACAGAACUCUCGUUUACAGCAGAGAGAUACCUACAAAUUACAUCCAAAGCAAUUGACUUUUUCACCUUAAAAGACCAACAAGCCCCGACACCACCACCACCACCACCACCACCAUCACCACCAUCGGCAAGAUAUAUCAAAAAGGAAAAAAAGAGAGGGAUAUAAAUAAAGCGAAAGGGUAUACAGGGGACAAACUGCAAUCAUGCCACCACGACUCAACCUCUUUCCCACCUCCCUGCUCCGCCAAUCCCCAGCGCCCCAACAAUGCACCGCAGCGAGAUUUACAUCGUCGUUAUCUAGUGGUCGCGACAAUGCCAUCCGCUCUUUUUCAACUAGGAGGGAUCUUCUACCCCGUCGCCCAGGCGCUGCGGUGCUGGCGUAUCGGCCUCGCGUUUCGCCUCCCCAGCGCCGGAUGGAGUCUUCAUCUUCGAAGGCCGGUGAUGAGGUGAAUGGGGGAAAGGCGGAGAGGAUCGUUGGUGAGGAGGGAGCGGAAUCGAAAGCGGCGAAGGAAGGGUUAGGCAGUGUGAGUGAGGAGGCAGCGGACGUGGCGAGGAUUAUGGAGCGGAGGACGGAGUGUGGGGAGGUUGGGGGCCCGGAGUUGUUGCAGGGCAGUAUGGUUGGGGAUAUUUUGAAGCGGGAUAAAGAUGCGAUGAAAAAUGCACCCAAAGUCCUACAGGAUCAGCUGAGCUCCUCUUCAUCAUCCUCUGGCUCCUCUGGCUCCAGAUCCUUUUCUACUUCCGCUAGAUCGAGACAGUUCGAUAUGAAACAGAUGUCGGCUGGUGAGAACGACGCGUCGAUUGCGGCUGUCGAGAAUAUGAUUGCCGCUGCCACGGAGCAGAAGCAAGAGCAGGCGUUGCAGGCGGGACUCAAAUAUGAAGUGCCCGAAACACUACCUAGAUCCGAACAUUUGAGGCACCGCUAUGACCCUCUGCUGGACCAGUUUACAAAAAUGCUCAUGAGGCACGGAAAAUUGAGUGCUGCGCAGAAGCAAAUGGAAACAAUCCUACACAACCUCCGCUCCGCCCCAGCGCCCAACCCAGACCCAUCACGCCCAUUGCUUCCCGGGCCGCCUGCCCCGCAACUGCCCCUAAAUCCUAUCCUCUACCUAACCCUAGUCGUUGACUCUGUCGCACCAAUACUCCGCAUCAAGCAACAACCCGGCGCAGCCGGUGGUGGCCGAUCUCUCCCCAUCCCGCUUCCGCUGGCACUCCGGCAACGCCGGCGAACAGCCAUUAAGUGGAUUAUCGAUGCGUCUCAGAAACGGAAGGAUGCCGCGUUGGCGAACCGAGUGUCGCAGGAGAUUAUUGCUGUGGCGGAGGGGAAGAGUUCGGCAUGGGAGAAGAGGGCGAUGGUGCAUAAGCAGGGUACGGCGGCGAGAGCGAAUAUUAAGGCGUUGGGGAUGAGGGGGAAGAAGAAGUUUUAGUUCAACCAUGGUGUUCGCUUUCUAGGGUUACUUUUGUGGGGAGGGUUAUUAUUAUGUAUGUAUGUGUAUAGUAUAUUGCAGACAAUGGUGCGGUCUCUUUUAUGUCGA